CUUCACCGACCCCCUGCGAGUCAACGAACGCAAGACCGAGGUAUGGGAAGCACGGAAGCAGCAACUGCGGCAGCCGCCAGACCAGCGACGGCAAGGGACCGCAGAGUCUGGAAGCAAGGGCGGCGGAGGUGCUGCUGGCGACAGCGGUGGUGGCCAAACAAAGGACAGCAGCAGCCACCUUCCGUACUGGAAACGUUUUCCUGUGUCAUGGACUAAGGCCUACCAUAACGAGUAUAUCGCUGGGUGCAAGCAUCAUACCAGCAAGAAAGGCGGUGGCGACGUUCAUUCCGGCGGCACGACUGGUGCCUGUGGCAAGGACGGAGGAACCGACACUUUAGGUGGACAAGGAGCAGGAAAUCCUCGCAAGCCGCAUAUGCAGCGCUUGAACGAGUUUCUGCGCACGCAAAGUCUUGUGCCUGUAGACGGUUGCUGGUCGCAGGAGGAGAACAUGAAAGGGCCGCGGGGCUGGCUGGGGCGGUCGUGUUUCUUCUUGUACUUGUUCUUGCGGCGAUUCCAAAUAUAUAGCGUGGAGGCUUACAACCGGGAUUUCGAGCUGCUGGUUCUUGCGUACGACAAGAAGAAGGAGGUGGCACCGAUGGAGACGGGCAAGACGGACAUGUACCGCAAGACCCUAAGCAGAAAUCCCUCCCUCACCUUCCGCUGCACCAUGGAUCGCUGGCGGGUGGUGUCCAGUCCGCAGAUGAAGGCGCUGGUGCACUUCUUCGUGGACUACAACCUGGG